GCCCGCUGCCCUGAGGCAGCGAGGCCGAUCGCUCCGGCGCCGUAUCGAGUCAUUUCCGUUUCCGGUUACGGUCGCUCCGAGGCGGUCUCCGCCCGGCCCUUCUGCCCUCGGUGUGUUCACGGUGUCCCCGCUCCGCGCGUGUCAGAUGCGCGGUCGGGACGUGGGUUCUCGUCCUUCUCCCCCUGUGGCCCCUCUCGCCUCCCAGGGCAGCCCCUGUCCCGUGACACCUUGUGUCCGAGGGCCCAGGUCUGUCCCCCGGGCUCUGCCUGCCGAGGUGUCACAUCCCCCACACCCCGCUGGAAAACGAGCUCUUCUUAGGCCGAGGGCAACUUCAUUCCAGCCCCGUGGGUGUCAAAGAGUAGGGUGGGGGGUUGAGGAGAAGAGGGAGGCAACCGGGAGGUGGAAGGAGUAAGGGGGCGAGGGCGUAAUGAGGAGUCAGAUAGCGGACGGGAAAUGGGCGGGGCCACGGAGCUGGGAAAGCAGUGAGGGCGGGGCCAGGCCAGCAGCUGCAGGGCACGCGGGUGAGGGGACUUUGACCCACAGUAGCAGCUGGGGCAAUAGAAGGGUAGAUUACAAAUGUAUUAAAUGCUUUGUAAAUUUUCCACAUUACAUUCCCUUUUAAAUUUAUUGUGUCAGAUUCAGAUUGUGACACUUCAAAGCUUUUCCAGUUUUUAUUAUAUACUGGAAGCACUAUUUGGUGCUUAGUAAAUAAUUUUACACUGUUUUAGUGUGGAGUGGGGAGGCAUAUUGAGGGUUUUUGUUUUAACAGUCAAAACCAAGUUUAAACAUAAUCUGUUCAACAGUUGCCUGUCUUUUAUGGGAUCUUUUCAUUUAAUCUGUGAGCUAAAGUUUCCAACUAAGUGUAUGAUUUCUUCAAUUCCUUUCUUUCUUAAAACAUCACCCUGAGCUAUUUCCUAUCUGACCUUUUAUGUUUUCCAGUGCUAAUAGUUAGCUCUUAGUAUCAUUAUUAUUACAUUAUUUGAUGCAUAAAUGUGAUAUACUGGAAAAGAUUGAUUUAAGCAUAUUAAUCAUUAUGAAUAAAACCAUGAAAGAGAAGUUGCUCUCACCAGGAGUAUGGCUUGGAAUACUUGUAACAGGGUGAGACGGGACGCCUUCCCCUUGCUUGUGAGGCAAUGGUGGUUAUUCUUUACUGGCCUCUCCAGUUCACAUCUCUGCCUGCCCCCAGACAGACGCAGAGUAACAGGACAGCUGGGUAGAGAAAGACCAAUACUUUUUUAAACUAAGCACAGAACAGAGGCAUCUCUCCACCUAAGAGACAGCACUUGGCUCUGGGAAGGGAGCUUGGUGGAGGAAGGAAUUGGGGAGGGCCUGAGAAGCUCAGGAACAGGAGAAAAAGGGAGCUCUGCCCCUCACCUGGUGAUCCUGUGCCCAGCAGGUACUAGAAGAGACUGCGAGGCUUGCAACUUAAAAGGGAGGAUCACACCCACUUACACCCCCAUAGCUUCCAUGGGACAGUGGGCUUCAUCAGGAUGAAGCAAAGGGCAAACUCACCUGCUGGUCUCCAUGUAGGAAUUUGUCCUUGUUACCUGAUGGUUCAGUGGAUAGCAAAUGACCCUCUUUGCCACAUGUUGAAUGUCUGCCCAUGUGUGUGGUUGUGGCGAAGGAAAGAUAAGUUAUUCAAAGACCUGGAUGGCACAUUCUCAGCUUUCAGCAGUGACUUCUCAAGACUGAUCUUGGCUGAGAAACAAGCCCAGAGAAGGAGAUAAGGAGGCAUCAGGAAUGGCCCUUUCUCUGGAACAAGUCAUAUUUGUUAAUUGUUCUGUCUCCUCUUUCCUGAAAUGCUGUUUUUAGUACACGCUAACCUCUCAUUCUCAAGUAUUCUGUGUAACACAUUUCCUCACUCACCUGUGGCCUUCCCUCAGUGUUCUCUCAUUAAGAGCCUUGUCCAUCUCACCAUGAACCAGUGACAUGGAAGUUGUGAAGUGGCUCCAUUUGGGGGAUCAUCAUGAGAAGUGCUUCAUGCCCACACAUUGAUUGGAGAAUAGGGCUGGUCCCCGUGGUAUCAGCUUGGCCAGUAGGGAUUACGUAGGGACCAGAUCUGAAAACCAGGAUCAAAGAAACUGCACAUAUUUAGUAGUGAAUAUGUCAGAAAUACAUGAAAUGUCCAGGAAAAGAAUAUUAGUACAGUGAAAUUUGUUCUUCCUGAUUGUACAAUGCAUCUGAAGCUUAACGAAGGAAAUCUAUGUAUUUGGCCUCAAAAAAUUAAUGAUUUGCAAUAUAAAGAAGAGGUUAGAAACUGAUAGCUGUGACAAAUUAAGGUGGCAUUUCAUUUUUUAUUCUGUGUGUUUUAUUCUGUAAUUGUUGAAAACUGGAAUCAUUCUGAAUGUCUAACAGUAGGGUUAUUUCUAAAUCGUUCACAGCACAUCCAUCCCAAGGAGACCCUAGUGUUCAUGGGUUUUUAAAGAAUUGACUUCUGCACAUAUGUAAGGGUUCCUGCACUUUGGGUCCCCACGCCAGCAGUGUGUGCCUUGCUUUGCCUCCUGUUGCUUGGACUGUGUGUCAAGAAAACCCAGAAGAGGGUUGGCAGCUGAGCUACUGACAAUGGAGUUACCGGAAUCUCUGACCUUUGAGGAUGUAGCUGUAGACUUCACCCAAGAAGAGUGGGCCUUGCUGGACACAUCCCAGAGAAAACUAUUCAGAGAUGUAAUGCUGGAGAAUAUUAGUCACCUGGUCUCGAUUGGUAGGAGUGAUAGUCUUAAAAAACAAGAAGUGAUAUCCAUUCAACAUUUCUACAAGGACACAUCCUUAAUGAGCGCAUUGAGAUUUGACACUGAAGAGGAUCCUUUCGAAUGGAAUGAUUUAGGAGAAAAUUCUAUUGAAAUCUUAACAAUGACUCAGCAUGGGAUCCCUCACAUGGGAAAGAAGCCCCAUAUCACACAAGAAUUUGGAAAAGCCAUCAGUUACUUUAAUCAACUGAAAGAAAUUGAUGCUAGAAGUAGAUCAUAUGAAUGUCAUCAACGUGGGAAUACCUUGAUUCAGAGCUCUGCCAUUAGACAACACAGUAAUACUCAAAAUGGAGAGAAAACAUUUGAAUGUCCCGUAUGUGGGAAAGCCUUCAGUAAAAGCUCUAACCUUAGACGACAUGUGAUGAUUCACACUGGAGUGAAACCACAUGGGUGUCAUCGAUGUGGGAAAGCCUUCACUCAUUGUUCUGACCUUAGAAAACACGAGAGAACUCACACUGGAGAGAAAUCAUAUGGAUGUCAUCUGUGUGGAAAAGCCUUCAGUAAAAGUUCUAACCUUAGACGUCAUGAGAUGAUUCACACUCGAGAGAAACCACAUGAAUGUCAUUUAUGUGGGAAAGCUUUCACUGAUUGUUCUGACCUUAAAAAACACGAAAGAACUCAUUUUGGAGAGAAACCAUAUGAAUGCCAUUUAUGUGGGAAGACAUUCAGUAAAACUUCUUACCUUAGACAACAUGAAAGAACUCACACUCGAGUGAAGCCACAUGAAUGUCGUUUGUGUGGGAAAGCCUUUACUCAUUGUUCUCACCUUAGAAAACAUGAGAGAACUCACACUGGAGAGAAACCGUAUGAAUGUCAUCUGUGUGGAAAAGCCUUCACUGAGUCUUCUGUCCUUAGACGACAUGAGAGAACUCACACUGGUGAGAAACCAUAUGAAUGUCAUCUAUGUUGGAAAGCUUUCACUGAUUCUUCUGUUCUUAAACGACACAAGAGAACUCACACUGGAGAGAAACCAUAUGAAUGUCACCUAUGUGGGAAAGCCUUCAAUUACUCUUCUGUCCUAAGACGACAUGAGAGAACUCACACUGGCGAAAAACCAUAUGCAUGCAAUAUAUGUGGAAAAGCCUUCAAUAGAAGUUACAACGUUGGACUACAUAAGAGAAUUCACACUGGAGAGAAACCACAUAAAUGUUAUCUGUGUGGGAAAGCCUUCAGUAAAUAUUUUAACCUUAGACAACAUGAAAGAACUCACACUAUAAAGGUUGUAAAUAUAGAAAACUCACCACCCAUAGAUUCCAAUUCUAAACACUCUUGAGGACUCACACAUUGAAGAAACAUUAUGUUUGUAAUCGAUGUGGAAGAGCCUUUAUUCAUAUUAUUUUAUUGAUUUGAAGUUAAUUCAAAAUGGAGAGACUCCAUAUGUAUGGAAUCUAUGUGACAAAAUCUUUAGACAAUGGGCUGACCUGGGAGAUAAUAUAUGACCUGGGAGAAUUCAAAAUAAAUGGAAUGAAUGUGGAAGAAUAUACACGGUUCCAACUAGUAAACAAAAGGGAGAAGUCAUAUGGCAGAGAAAUUCUGUGUAUGUAAUCAAUGUAGAAAUAUCUUCAUUUAUAAUUUAUCCUUUAAACAUGAGUAAACUGCACAGUAGAAAAAUUCUAGAUCUGUAAUCAUUGUGCACUCUCAUUCAACUUAGCACCACUGUCAGUGUGCAAAAGAAAAUAUAGUGUCAGGUAACUGCUAAACAAGAAAUGAGUGGAAAAAAAUCCACUACUAGGAGGACAGAGCCUCUUGAAGAAUAGCAGAUAAUCUAUGCUGAGUUAUUUUGUGAGAAAUGGUAAAACAUUAUUUUAUUAAUAGAGUAACAUUUGUAAGACACAUCAGGAUUCACACUGUAUAAAACACUCAGUGUCACAAAUAAAGGAAUCUUUUCAGUGAGUGCACGUUCCCUAGUCAACACAAAUGAUCUCACACUGAGAAGAAAACAGUCCUGAGGAGAAAAGGGAUAAACCUUUAGGUGGAUUUCAUGUUAGAAAUUUUGGACUGGAAAGGAAUUUCUAAAAGAACUGUUUAGCAAACAAUUCAGCAAAAUCAGAAUUUUACCACAGAUAUGUUAUUGAAAACGUGGGAUAAAAUGCACAACUGUGAAGCACUUUGGGAGUAUUGAAUGCAGAACCUUAGAAGAAGCAUUAAGGAAGAUCACACUAAAAGAUUGAUACUGAAAACAUGCAAGCAUUAAUUGUUGGUGGAGAAAAAUCUGUUUAGUUAAAUUCGGUCAGUUAUAAAAUAUCAAAUGUCAACUAAGACAUACAGGAUACAAAAUAUGUAUUAACUAUGUUAGUGUUAAAUUUAUUGAAAUAUUUUGCAAUGAAAUAUUUUAAAGAAUGAUUCAGCUCUUUUUAAUGUAUAAAAUCAGAAUUUUGACGAUAAUGACUAUAAAGGAAAAAUUCUCCACAACUAGUAACAUAGGAUCACAUUAAAACCUUGAUGCUUUCUCA